UGUUUCGCGCGGUUUUUCGUUUAUAUUCACUUGGCCCGUUACUUGUUGCGUUGAGUUUCGCCUGUUUUCACGUUAGAACUAAACUUUCCAAGUUAAGUUUGUAUUUAAUCGAAUUUAUAAAUAAAUACAAGUGUUACUACUAAUAAAAUGGAUGUAGCCGAUGUAAAUGUUGGACAAAUUCGCGUAAAAGACGAGGUUGGCGUGCGAUGCCAGAAACUAUUCCAAGAUUUCCUUGAAGAAUUUAAAGAAGAUGGAGAAUAUAAAUACCUUGAACCAGCAAAGGAGCUCCUCAUCCAGGAAAGAAGCACCAUUGAAGUGAGUUUUGAAGAUGUAGAACACUACAACCAGAACCUCGCAACCACCAUCAUUGAAGAAUAUUACCGCAUCUAUCCAUACCUCUGCCAAGCAGUCUCCAACUUUGUCAAGGAUCGCAGUGAUCUGAAGAAAGAAAAAGAAUGCUAUGUUAGCUUCAUUGAUGUGCCUACCAGACACAAAGUCAGAGAACUAAAAACUGAGAAAAUCGGCACAUUGAUCAGAAUCUCUGGACAAGUUAUUAGAACUCAUCCAGUACAUCCUGAACUUGUUCUUGGAACAUUUGUCUGUGCUGAUUGCCAGAGUUACAAAAAUGUCGAACAACAAUUCAAAUACACAAAUCCAACGAUUUGCCGUAAUCCAGUCUGUAACAACCGCAGUAAAUUCGUCUUGGAUGUCGAUAAAUCCGUGUUUGUCGACUUCCAAAUCCGCAUACAAGAAACACAAGCUGAACUUCCACGUGGUUGUAUUCCACGCAGCGUGGAAGUAAUUCUACGCGCUGAAAACGUUGAAUUAGUCCAAGCUGGCGACCGAUACGACUUCACUGGAUCACUUAUUGUUGUUCCAGACGUGGGAGCUAUGUCUCUACCAGGAGCACGCGCUCAAAUCAACUCCCGUCAUAAACCAGGCGAUGAAGCAGAAGGAGUCCGAGGCUUAAAAUCACUCGGUGUAAGAGAUUUACACUACCGCGGCUUUCUUGCUUGUAGCGUACAACCAACCAACCCACGUUUCGGUGGAAUUGAAAUGAACCUGGAAGAGAUGACACCCGAAAUGAUGAAGAAACAGAUGACAGAAGGCGAAUGGAAGCACAUGUAUGAAAUGAGCCACGAUCGCAACUUAUACAACAACCUAAUCCACUCAUUAUUCCCGUCUAUUCAUGGAAAUGACGAAGUAAAACGUGGAAUUCUCUUGAUGUUAUUCGGAGGAGUCUCUAAAACAACCGUUGAAGGAACAUCUCUUAGAGGAGACAUCAACUGUUGCAUUGUUGGUGAUCCCAGCACAGCAAAAUCACAAUUCCUCAAACAAGUAUCUGAAUUUUCCCCUAGAGCAGUCUACACAUCAGGAAAAGCAUCCUCGGCAGCUGGUUUAACAGCAGCUGUUGUAAAAGACGAAGAAUCUUAUGAUUUCGUCAUAGAAGCCGGUGCGUUAAUGUUGGCAGACAACGGAGUAUGCUGCAUUGAUGAAUUCGAUAAAAUGGAUCCAAGAGAUCAAGUUGCUAUCCACGAAGCUAUGGAACAACAGACUAUUUCUAUUGCUAAAGCAGGAGUUCGUGCAACUUUGAAUGCAAGGACUUCAAUCCUCGCUGCUGCUAAUCCCAUUGGUGGACGUUAUGACAGAGCGAAGUCUCUUCAACAAAACAUCGCCUUAAGUGCACCUAUCAUGUCUCGAUUUGAUCUGUUUUUCAUCCUGGUUGAUGAAUGUAACGAAGUUGUCGAUUAUGCAAUCGCGCGUAAAAUCGUAGACCUCCACAGUAACAUCGAAGACAACGUUGAAAGAGUUUACUCUAAAGAAGAAGUCCUGCAAUAUAUCACAUUCGCCAGGAAGUUUAAACCGAUCAUUAAUGAAGAAGCAGCUGAAUUGCUCGUUAGACAUUACAAUAAUCUCCGAUUGAGGGAUACAACUGCAACUGGUAAGUCCACAUGGAGAAUCACCGUUCGACAACUUGAAAGUAUGAUCCGCCUGGCUGAGGCGAUGGCUCGAAUGGAGAUCUCUGACGAAGUUCAACCGAAACACGUAAAAGAAGCUUACCGUUUGUUGAAUAAAAGUAUUAUCAGAGUGGAACAGCCUGAUAUUCAUUUGGAUGAUGAUGAGCCGGCUAUGAUCAAUGAUGAACCCGAGGAUGUGCCCAUGGAGGAAGGUCCUACCAAGAGGAAACUUGUGAUGAGUUAUGAAGAGUAUAAAACGUUGAGUAAUAUGAUCAUCGUGCAUAUGCGUAGGGAGGAAGCGCGCGGUGAAGAGUCCGAGAGUGAUGGGAUGAGGAAGAGCGACGUGUUGGAGUGGUAUUUGAAUUUGGUUGCUGAUCAGAUUGAGUCGGAGGAUGAGUUGUUGGAGAAGAAGGAGUUGGUUGAGAAAGUUAUUGAUAGACUUAUCUAUACUGAUAAUGUUAUUAUUCCUCUGCGUAAAGUUGGGCUCAAAGGCAGUGCGAAAACUGAUGAAGAAGAAGAUCCGCUGUUGGUUGUCCAUCCGAAUUAUAUUAUCGAUCAGUAAAUGUUUUAAAUUUAAUGUAAAUUUCAAGUAUUGUCACUCAAUUUUUAUAUUUAUUGAGGUUUAGACCUAGUUAUUUUAUAUGAUUCUGUAUUUUUUGGAUACAAUUACAUCUCACGUUUUAUAUUAA